AUGGACCGUGUGCCCCCGGAUGUCCUUGACAUCAUCUUUGCCGCUGCAUGCAACGACGGCGGCUUCACCGGGAGCUCCCUCUCUCUCGUGUCCCGCCACGUCAGGGAAUGCGUCCGGUCGUCGCGGUUUCGGACUGUGAUGCUCGAUCGGUUCAAAAACCGCAACGCUCUCGAAGUCUUCACGUCCUGCUUCCUCGCUGAACGCGCACGUCCUGCCCACCAUAGACCGCCCAGGGUCCGCCACCUGUAUCUCACCUCCGGGAGGCGGCGCGGGGCCCCGCAGUGCCACGAGGUCCGGGCGGCCAACAAGCUCGCCGCGCCGCCUGUGCUCACGCUCUUGCGCCUCGUCGCCCCCGAUCUGCUCUCCCUUGUUCUCGUCGACAUGGAGCCGUCCGACUGGCGCCUCGGCGUUCCACUGCCUUCCGCGAUCGGAUCCUCUUGCCUCUUCCCGGUCCUGCAAGACCUGACGAUCAUCGGGGGCCACCUGCACUUUGCACCUCUGCCCCUGCCGUCAGACGAAGCCGCCGCCGUCGCCGUCGCGCAGUGGCCCGUCUUCCCGCGGCUCAGGCGCCUCCGGGUGACGAGCGACGUGGGCUCGCAGAACAUGCGCACCUGGGCAGCGCGCGCGCCGAAACUCGAGCAUGUCGUUCUCGAGUUCGCCGGUAUCAGCGCAGAGGAGGCCCUGCGCGUCCUGCGCGAAUUCGAAGGCGUGGUCGGUACGUCUCCGCACGUGUCGUCGAGCGUCGUAUGGAUCACUGAUUAUUCGCUCGUCAUGUGCAGCAGACACCACUGCGUCCCCUGCGGCGAACGCGGUUCUUCCGCUCGAGUCUCUCAGGACACUCGUGAUGCAGCGUUUCCCUUACCCUUCUCCACCUUCGAGCCCUCUGCCGGAGCUGUGCAUGUGGGAAGAGAGGAUGGCAAUGCAGCAAAAGUUCGACAUGGAGCUUAG